GCCCCCCAGCGCCAGCGACCUCCGGCCGGGCCGAGGGGCCUGGCGGCGGCGCGGGUGCUGCUACCAGGCGGGCCGCGGGCCGACUACCCCGCGCGGUCCCUCGCCGGCCAUGGAGGUCCCCUAGGGCGCGGGCGGGCAUGGGGACGCCGUGGCGCCUGUCCGCCAGGGUCUGCCUGUCUCAGCUGCGGGGUCUGGGGCGCGCGCAGGAGCAGGGCCUCCUCGGAGCCCCGGGGCGAGCCGGCCGGGCCCGGCUCUGCUGGCUGCUGCUGGGCGCGCUGCCCGCGCUCGUCUCGGCCGAGGGUGGCCCCGGGAUCGGGGCUUGGGCCGGGCGGGCGGCGCCGGCAGGGCGCCGGGCUGAGGACGCACUCCCGGGAGGGGUCCACGCGCCACUGCCGCGCCGCGUCCUUCUGCACCCGCGCGUGUGGCUGCGCGCCGGCGCGCUCCUGGCGCGGUUCCUGCCGCUGCUGCUGCUGCUCCCGCUCACCUACCUGGGGCCCAGCCUGGCCGAGCUCUGGCUGCGCCUGCUGCUCAAGGCCACUGAGGCCUCCGGCCCCACGUGCAUCAAGCUGGGUCAGUGGGCCAGCACCCGGCGCGACCUCUUCUCUGAAGCUUUCUGCGCCCACUUCUCCAGGCUGCACGUCCGCGUGGCCCCGCACCCGUGGGCGCACACAGAGCGCUCCCUGCAGCAAGCACUCGGGGACAACUGGGGGCACGUCCUCUUCUUUGAGACCCGUGAGCCUGUGGGCUCCGGCUGCGUGGCCCAAGUGUACAAGGCAUUUGCUAGCCCCGCACUCCUGGAGGACAGCCCAGCUCGGGGACCGGAUGAGGCUUCUGGAGCUGGAGUGGUGGUGGCACUGCGAGAACUCUUUGGAGCCCUGGGAAGGGAGCGGAAGCACCCCGGGAACCUCGCGGACCAGGUCCUUCUAGAGCGGCUGCUGCUACCCACUGCCAAUCCGGGUGGGCGUCAGACCCCGGACCAAGCACCCCGACCACAUGGCCUCGUUCAGGUGGCGGUGAAAGUGCUGCACCCAGGCCUGCUGUCCCAGGUGCAGGUGGACCUGCUGCUGCUGAAGAUGGGCAGCCGAGCCCUGGGGCUGCUACCGGGAUUCCAGUGGCUCAGCCUGCCUGAGAUCGUGGAGGAAUUUGAGAAGCUCAUGACCCAACAGAUCGACCUGCGUUAUGAAGCUCGGAAUCUAGAACACUUCCAGCGCAAUUUCCGGGAUGUGGCCUCGGUCAAGUUCCCCACGCCUUUGCGCCCCUUUGUCACCAGUGACAUCCUGGUGGAAACCUAUGAGGAAAGUGUGCCUGUGUCCAGCUACCAGCAGGCUGGGAUCCCCGCCGAGCUGAAGCAGAGGAUCGCGAGGCUGGGCAUCAACAUGCUGCUGAAGAUGAUAUUUGUGGACAACUUCGUGCAUGCGGACCUGCACCCCGGGAACAUCCUGGUGCAGGGCACCGAGGGGCUGUCCCUGGGCCAUGAGGCCCAGCUGCAGCAGGUGGGCCUCUGUGACCCACUGGUGGCAGUGGUGGCACCAGCCUUGUGCCCGCUGCGCCUGGUGCUGCUGGAUGCCGGCAUUGUGGCUGAACUACAGGCUGCUGACCUGAGGAAUUUCCGGGCUGUGUUCCUUGCCGUGGUGCUGGGCCAGGGCCACAGGGUGGCGGAGCUCAUCCUGCACCAUGCCAGGGCCAGCGAGUGCAGGGAUGUGGAGGGCUUCAAGGCUGAGAUGGCUGCACUGGUGACCCAGGCCCGGAAGAACAGUGUCACUCUGGAGAAGGGACCCAGGGUUGGAAGUGCUUGGAAGGCUCCACAUCCCCACCAGCCUCACUCCUCUCCCCAGCUCCACGUCUCCAGCCUCCUCUCCAGUGUCUUCAGGUUGCUGAUGACUCACAAGGUGAAGCUGGAGAGCAACUUUGCCUCUAUUGUGUUUGCCAUCAUGGUGCUGGAGGGGCUGGGCCGCUCGCUGGACCCCAAGCUGGACAUCCUAGAAGCAGCCAGGCCCUUUCUCAUUCCUGGGCCUGUGGCCCGAGCCUGAUGGGUGUCACCUGGGCACCGAAGGCCACUGUCAGGGUUCCUGGGGCCCACUACCUCCCUCUGUCCUGGCCCAGGGUCUGCAUGGCUCAGGGUCACUGGAGAAGGGCCGAGUACUCCACAGCAGGAGCUGGGACAGUGGAGAUGGGGCUGAGGACACAGAUUCUGAGGAAAUGGCCUGCAGAAGAGGACAAAUACACAUGGCGGUUUUUGUUUUCCUGGCUUUUUCUUUCUAACUCUCUCUAUACUCCCUUGUCAGGUGGAUUCUGCUGGUGGUUUUCACUCUUAACAUUUAGGUUAGAAAAUGCCAUUAAUUCCUGGAAUCCUGUGCUUUCCCUCCUUCCCUCUCCCGCUCUCUUUCUGAGGCUGGUUCUGAACUCUCUAUGUAGCCUAGGCCAGUCUCGAACUCAUGCUGAUCCUCCUGCCUGACUCCUGAUUGCUGGUGUAAUGGCACAACCUGGUCUGUGUCUCAUGAGGUCAAAGAAGGAAGCCAAGGAGAAGGGAGGUAGAUAGGAGGAAGGUUUACUAAAAAGAGAAAUGGCUUCCAGUAGUGGGGAGGAGGGACCCAAAACUGGGUUGCCCUUUGUCUAGGAAUUUUAAUACCAAACACUGACCAGGGCUCAGACUCGCCAAGCCAAGCCGAGGUCAAUCCAUAGACUAAACCCAGCUUACUUAAACCAGCACUGAGCCAGUGAGGAUCAGGCAUGCAGGAGUCCGAGUGCGGCUGAGGUAUCUCCUGGGCUCUCUCCUAGCCAGGUGCUUCACUAAAGCAACAAAGUGAGAAGGAGAAAAAUGUUUUCCGGCUAAAACGGAGCAGAGUUGUCACAGUGAUAUCAGUCACCAUGCUGUCUCCUCACUCAUUGCACCCUGGACUUAACAUCCACCUGGUUCUUGUUGACUGUUUUUUUUUUUCGUUUUUAUCGGUACCGGGGAUCGAACUCACGACUGCCUGCUUGCAAGGCAGGCGCUUAUACCGCUGAGCUAAAUCCCCAGCCCCUCUUGUUGACUCUUGACCCCAGGCUUUUGCUUAGCUGGCCAACGCCUGGUCAUCCUGGCUCCCUGGGGCCCGGAGCCUCUGGCUCCCUGUGUCUUCUACCUGACUUGCCUGCUUGUAAUACAGGCAUGAGUCCCCAUACUCUGCCUCUAUUUUUUUUUAAUUAAAAUUUUUUCUUGAUACAGGGUCCACUAUGUAGUUCAGUCUUGAACUUGAAGCAAUUCUUCCUCAGCCUCCCAAGUGCUGGGAUUACAGGUGUGCCACACACCAUGCCUGGGCUUUUUUUAUUUUUUUUUAAACCUGUAUACCCUUAUUGCUAAAAAGUUGCAAACACAUACCUACACAUUUAUACUUUUUAUAUAAGGUGCCACCACUAGUAGCAUCACUGAAGGCACAAUAUAAAAUUCGGGCAAAUUUCACUGCAUUUUGAAUUAUCUUGACAAAUGUUAACAGUUUUGGUUGAGUUUUUGCUAGACUUUUUUACAAAGUAAACAGGAGAUAGUGGGGCCGGGGAGGCAGCUCAGGGGAGCAGCCCUGACCCAGCCCACACGGUGUCAGUAUCUGUGUUUGUCCCUAAGAAUAAAAAUUAAAAAAAAAAAUUUUUUUUUUAAAACAGGGUCUCACUGUGUAGUUCAGGCUGGCCUCAAACUCAUGGUGAUCCUGCUGCCUCAGCCUCCUGAGUGCUAGGAUUUUAGGUCUGAGCCAUCACGCCUGGCUGGCAAGCUAAAUUUUUUUUUUUUUUUUGCAAAUCCAUUUUAUUCAAGGAUAAAAAGGAAAAAAAAAAAACUACAGUGAAAUUUGAAAACACAUCAUUCAGGGACAAUGGUACAUACACUGUGCAUUGCCAUCUCCAAAUCAUUCACCCAGAGCAUAGAACAUCUGCAUUAGAUUGUCUGAGCAAUACCAGCACAAAUUUUUCUCUUCAGUAAACUCAGAGAAAUCAGUAGUUAACUAUCUUACUAUUUUUAUAUACAUAUACAUAUACAUGUUUCAGCUUGUCACACUAAUGAAACAAUUGAUGUUUACAUGUGUGCUUAUUUCACUAAUGAGUGUGUUCCCAAGUUGCAUGCAUUUACCUAUAAGUGUUCAGUUAGUCUUCUUUAUGGCUGAGUGGUACUCUGUUGUAUACAGAUACCACAUUUUUUUUAUCCAUCCCUCAGUCAAUGGGCAUUUGGGUUGUUUCCAAGAUCUGGCUAUUAUAAACUAUGCUGCUAUAAACAUGGGUGCACAUA